AUGUCUCUCCCAACAGUCUACGUCGUCGCUGCUACAGGCACCCAAGGCUCAGCAGUAUGUCGCCACCUCCGCCAAUCAAACUGGUCUGUCCGCGCUACAGUGCGAAACAUCGAGUCCCCUCAAGCCCAAGCCCUCGCGAAGAUCGGCGUCGUGUUGAACUCUGGCAAUUGGGACGACGAAGAGGCCCUUACUGCCGGUCUUACAGGCUGCAACAAGCUGUUCCUUGCUCUUGGGCCCAACUACAGCAAUCUUGACGAUGAGCGUAUCUGGGCUCAGAGAAUUAUUGCACUGGCUAAAAAGGCGGGCGUUGAAGAUGUUGUGUACUCGAGCUCUAUUAGCGCCGAUGCUCCUGAGAAGCGCACGCUUCUUCCCCCUAGUCACUUUCUCUUCAAGAGCCUUUUCAUCAAGAAUGUUAUUGAAGGGCUUAUUCAGCGUGCUGGAUUCAAGCACUGGACUAUCAUUCGUCCAGGGUUUUUCAUGUCCAACCUUCUCGCCCCAAAAGCUCGGAUCUACAGCGACUUAUUCGAGCGCAACGCUUGGUUGACCGCCCUAAAGCCCGACACCAAGUUCAACCUCGUCGACCCGCAAGAUAUUGCUAAAUUCGCUUUCGCCGCCUUUAACGAGCCUGAAAGAUUUAACGGGGAAGGGAUUGACCUUGUCAGUGAGAGGUUGACGGCCGUGCAGAUGAUGGAGAUUCUGUCUGAUGCGACUGGGCGAGACAUGAAGGCCGAGUUUUACACUGAUGAGCAGGUUGCUCAGGCUAUGGAUACAAACCCGUUUAUUGGAUCGCAGGUAUUCUUGAGGGAUGGAGAGAAAUGCGUUGAUGCUGAGAGGGUCAAGAUGUGGGGAAUUGGAUUGGGUAGCUUCAAGGAGUUUUUGGUCCGCGAGAAGGAUGCCGUGUCUGAGACAUAUGCCUUCAUGAUGGGGCUCACAGCCGUCCAGCAUUUCCUUAACUUCAAGCGUUACUCAAGACCACCAGCCUCCGAAUCCGAAAUCUGUUGUUCGAUCGAUGGAGAUGCAAAUGCACCGGAUACAGGAGAUAGAGAGACCGGCAGGUUUCCUUUGGCUCCGUCAAUUCGUCCGACAUUUGGAAGGAAUACUUCCAUUGCUACUACAAGCACAGAUUCGAGGUCCUCACGGAUCGAUCAAGAGACUUCGCAGUUAGCGGAAUUUGUGUCAAGGUCUUCAUCCGUGGAUCUACUACUAUCAAGCGACGAAGCACUUACAACACAGUCGGCCUUCCAAACCUCCCUUGGUCAAACAACAGCUGCGGCUUCUACAACAACUGGUAUCGUCGAACCAGAAGGGCAAACGGUUAUCUUCCUCAUCCAACUCCCUGACGACGACCGAAAGCGCAGCAUCAACAAACGAGAAGUAGGGGGGUUUGUAGGCGACGGUAGUCCUGAUACCUGCACUUUUGCCUCCAGCUUCAACCUCGCCGAGGGCCAGCUCUUCAAGAGUGGCAAUCCCAUUUAUUAUUCUGGUGAAGCCUAUAAAGAGCUGGAAAGUCAAGGGCUUCCGCCGUCAGAUGCAAUAACAAAGGGAUUUGCCUCGACUGGAACAUCGCUUAGCUUCCAAAAUAAUGAGUUGCCGAACGGAGAGGCAGGCUUCUGUCAAACACCUGAUGGGCAGGUCUAUAUCACGUUCACAUCUGCGCCGCCUGGAUGUACUCCAGUCACGCUUGGUGUUUAUGACGUUUCUAGAUGCCAGAAUGGCAAGCUUGUUGGUGUUGAUGACCUUAGCUCCACUUCUUCUAUGGUUACAACUAAAGAGAGCAGCGUCGUAUCGGAAGAAGCUACCAGCCUCUCUUCUGAAGCCGUCGAAUUAUCCACCUCCAAUUUGGAAUUGACAACACUCCAGCCCGAUCUCACCUCAUCCUACAAAACGCUAUCCAGUACUGAAAACAUAGCUUCAACUACGUCCCUCGAGGUUGAUGUGACGGACUCAGAGACGCUGUCCAGUACUGAAGAAGACGUGGCUUCAACUACGUCCCUCGAGGUAGAUGACUCAGCCUCUGAGUCCGUCACAUCAACCUCGGAAAUAUCUUCAUCUGAACCGGUCGAGUCCACCACUAUUGCUGACAAUACUUUCAUCGCUUUGUCCUCGGAGACAUCAUCUGAAGGAACAACGACUGACCUUGCGGAAGAUACAACUCUAGACACAGCCACGGAAAUCUCUACCACGGCGGAUGAAACAACCUUCGAGGCCACUACAACUCCAGAGCCUCCAACAACUACUGUCGACACUUGUGUAGCAGGCAUAACCUCAGUUGGAGGCUCACCUCCCUUGCAAGAUCGUAUCGAUGACUGUGAAGAGUUCAAUGUGAUCACCGUCAGCCCAUACACAGUUACCGAGACCAUUUUAUCCAAGCGAUGGGAAUAUCGCAUCCCAACAGGCUGGCCCACUGCAAGACCCACCAACAAACAACUUGUUCGCCGUCAAGACCCCGAAGCUACUACCAUCUUCCCAAGCGAGACUCCCGCUUAUGCUACGUAUUGUGACUCGGCUGAGGAGUAUUACGAUGCGUGCUCUAGCGCUGGUGUUACUGCUGUGACGACUACUUUGCCGACACCUACUAAAACCGAGACGGAAGAAGAACCUGCGUGUCGUGGUGCGUCGAUGGUGAAGAGGGCGGGUGAAGGUUUGGGAUAUCAGUUUGAGGAUGAUUGGGAUGUUAUCCGUAUGCCUGGGUGGAGAUAUUUCUGA